AAGGCCCACCCUCCCGAGCUGAAGAAAUUUAUGGACAAGAAGUUAUCACUGAAAUUAAAUGGAGGCAGACAUAUCCAAGUUAUACUGUGGGGAUUUGAUCCCUUCAUGAAUCCUGUGACCAAUGAAUGUGUGGAAAUAGCAACUAGUAGGCAGCAAAAUAAUAGUAGGGUGAUAGUCAUUCGAGGAAAUAGUAUCAUCAUGUUGGAAGCCUUGGAACAAAUGUAA